AUGCGAGAUAGGUCUUCGGGUCAGUCAAGCUUCGGUAUAACAAACUUGAAAAUAAGGAUUAUCGGGCUUAUUUUUUCUUCAUCUACUCCAUUUUUCUUUCUGUCUUUCCUUGUUUCGUUCUUUCUUUCUUUCCUUCUUUCUUUCUUUCCUUCUUUCUUUCUUUCCUUUUUUACUUUCUUUCUUUCUUUCUUUCUUUAUUUCUUUCGUUCCUUCUUUCUUUCCUUUUUCUUCCCUUCUUUAUGUCUUUCUUUAUUUAUUUAUUUCUUUAUCUUUCUUUCUUUCCUUUUUCCUCCCUUCUUUCUUUCUUUAUUUAUUUGUCUUUCUUUCCUUCCUUCUUUCUUUCCUUUUUCUUUUCCUUCUUUCUGUUUUUCCUUGUUUCGUUCUUUCUUUCUUUCUUUCCUUCUUUCUUUCUUUUUUCCUUUCUUUCUUUCUUUAUUUCUUUCUGUCUUUCUUUAUUUCUUUCUUUUCUUCUUUCUUUUUUCUUCCUACUUUCUUUCCUUUUGCUUCCAUUCUUUCUUUUUUUUCUUUUUUCUUCCCUUCUUUAUGUCUUUCUUUCUUUCUUUCCUUUUUUCGCUUUCCUUCUUUCUUUCUUUAUUUAUUUUUUCUUCCCUUCUUUCCUUCUUUCUUUCUUUUUUUCUUUCUUUCUUUUUUAUUUCUAUCUUUCUUUCUUUAUUUAUUUAUUUAUUUAUUUCCUUCUUUCUUUUCUUUUUCCUUUCUUUCUUUCUUUUUGAUUUUUUCUUUCUUUUCCUGACGUAA